CUGCGCUCGGGUGAGACCAUCAGCAUCUUCGUAGGUCACAAAUCCGAAAUAACAACACUCUCCUACGACUCGUUGGGUCAUCGUUUGGCCUCCGGAUCGAAGGACACGGAUGUCAUCGUCUGGGACGUCGUGGCUGAGACAGGAAUCUGUCGCCUGGUGGGUCACAAGGGGGUCAUCACUAAAGUCUCAUUCAUGCUCGAGUACAAUGUCCUCAUAACCUCCAGUAAAGACACUUUCCUCAAGUUCUGGGAUCUCGACACCGAGCACAACUUCAGAACAGUGGUGGGGCACAGAUCUGAGGUCUGGGGAUUUACGCUCGUCAAGGACGACAAGUACCUCGUCACGGGGUGCAACGACCACGAGCUCAGGGUCUACAAGAUCUAUUUGUCAGACUCCACGGAUCUCCCCGAGAAUCUAGAAUCUCUGACCCUAAAUCCAGACGACGAGACCAAUGACCUUAACUACCCCAUCAGGUGUGACAAGGUUGGGAGUAUCCUAAGAACAGGAAAGGGAAGAGUUGUGUCACUCUCGUCUGACUCCACAGGUCGUGUUAUUACCUGUCACGGAGUAGAGAACACGAUAGAAUUAUUUCACUUGAUUCCUGAAGAGGAGGCGGUGACGAGGACAUCGAAACGCCUGAAGAAGGCGAAGAAAAAGGGAAAAGAGGAAACUGAGGGGGCGACCCUCAGCGACGAAGUGCGACGUCUUCCAGCGAUCAAAGUCACCGCCAAAGCUAAAACUGUGGACGUGGUGAUGGGAAAGGGCGGUGAGCUCAGGGUCUGCGCAGGAUUGAGUAAUAACACCCUAGAGCUUUAUUCCUUGAGCAUUACCGACAAGGAAAAAGACGUGAAUUUACUCAGGACUGUUUCCUCCCAGGGGCACAGGACUGACGUCAGGGCUGUCUGCUUCAGCUCCGACAAUCUGGCAUUUGCCACUGUCUCCGGGGAUUCAAUUAAAUUGUGGAAUAGACCGUCACUGGCUUGUCUGAGGACUGUCGAGUGUGGAUAUGCAUUAUCCGUAACUUUUGUCCCUGGGGACAGACACUUGGUUGUCGGUAUGAAGAAUGGAAAAAUACUGAUUGUUGAUAUUGGGGCUGGAGAUGUCCUUGAGGAGAUUCAGGCGCACUCUGGAGAGGUCUGGAGUGUUGUUGUAUACCCGGAUAUGAAAGGUGUGGCCAGUGGAAGUGGUGAUCAGACGGUCAAGUUCUGGAGCUUUGAGCUUAUUGAGGAUUCUGAUAGUGAGAGGAAGUGCAAAGUGCUGUCAUUAUUGCAUAAGAGGACACUCAAGCUGGAGGAGGGAGUCCUUUGUGUCAGGAUCAGUCCUAAUGGGAGAUUUGUGGCUGUUGCUUUGUUGGAUUCUACCGUGAAAAUUUUCUUCCUGGAUACAUUCAAAUUCAUCGUUUCUCUUUAUGGACACAAGCUGCCAGUACUGUGCAUGGACAUAUCAAGUGACUCCACGUUAAUAGCAACUGGAUCUGCUGAUAGAAAUAUUAAAAUAUGGGGAAUGGAUUUCGGUGAUUGUCACAAAUCGUUAUUCGCACAUGAUGACUCCGUCACUGGAUUGAGUUUCGUUCCAAAGACACAUUAUUUCUUCACAUCGGGAAAGGAUGGUAGAGUCAAAGAGUGGGAUGCUGAUAAUUUCCAGAAAAUCGUGACGCUUCAGGGACACGCUGGAGAAGCUUGGAACUGUGGAGUUUCCCCCAAUGGAAUGUUCGUGGCGUCCUGUGGAUCUGACAAAGUCGUCAGACUUUACGAGAGAUCAUCAGAGCCCCUUGUUCUCGAGGAUGAGGCCGAGGAAGAACGAGAAAAACAGGAGAACGAACUUGCCACUGGGGAUACAACAGCAGUUCAGGGACAGAAGCAACAAAUUCUCCCUUCAAGGAAAACUGUGAAUAGUGAGAAAGCCGCUGAAUUAAUUCUGGAAUGUAUCGAUGUCUCGAAAGCCUACAACGAGGAAUGCGAGAGAGUUCUGCCACCCAAUGCGCCUCCAGCACUUCCGUUACUCAUGCAAGCUCUGAACUGCAAGACAACUGAGGAAUAUUUAUUGGAGACAUUGAAGAGGGUUCGUGCUGGAGAUAUGGAGGAGACUCUACUACUCCUGCCCUUCUCCACGGCUUGCGAAAUACUCCAGAUGCUUCCCAAAUUGCUGAGGAGUGAAUACCAAGCUGAAAUGCUCAGUAGAUUGGCUGUCAGUCUUAUUCAGGCACAUCAUGGACCUAUUACUGCUAAUUCUGAUCUUCUGCCUGUCCUGGAGGAGGUCAGGGACCUGGCGAUGAAGAGAAUUGGAGAUUUAAGGGACACAAUUGGCUUCAAUCUUCAUGGAAUGGCAUUCAUCCAAAGGGAGCUCGAAGAUAGAGAGGGAAUUCAACUUUUCCGCGAUGCAACAAAAUCGAAAAAACAUAAGAAUAAAGUUAGAAAAAAUAAGGAACGAGCACUCAAACGCGCGAUUAUGGCGUUGUAAUUUCAUUAGUAGAGAAUGUAGAUUUAUUUACUUAUUCUUGUACAGAUUAUGCAAUAAAAAUAUUUUU